AUGGCCACCUCUAACCCCAUCGAGGCCAAUAUCCUCCUCAACCUGCUGGCAAUGUCCCGCCCUGAUGCCCCAACCCUGCUGGAUGCCUUCCACAACCGCUUUUAUCCUUUCAUUCAGCUGUUUCGAUCCUUCAUCAACCCCGCCGAUGUCGUGCAUGUCCAGAUACAAAGCAUGAUCCCGCGGCUUCUAGGAUCUAAAGGCGUCAUUCCAUUUUCCGAACGGCGGCAGGGGCGAAGCCACGAAUACUGUGUGGGACCUCAAUGA